AGCACUUUGCUGAAUGAAGUCCUCCCCUCCUCGUUAUGCCCCUGGUAGUCAGUCCUCUGUGCUGUUUUCAGACGAGCUCCUCAAGUUUUAAGUGUUUUAUCUUCAUGUAAAGCAAACAGAGGGUCAGUGUGAUCAGGUAGAUCAUAAAUGUCUUUCCCAGUCCCUCCCUCUUGACCCUCUAACUGAGAGUCAGGAAACAGCAGAAAACUCCUGAAGCUCCAGCUGAAGCGUUUUAUUGACAACAUCCCCCAGAAUGCAAAGUCUCCACUAUGUUCAAUGUGUGAGGAGACUGUGGGGUCCAGCAGGAGCGUCCCAGCUUCUUAAAGUCACCAACAUGCACAGAUCUGUCCGCCAACUGCAACACACAAAGAUAAUGGAGGACAACAAGCCAUGGGCUCUGCUGUCAAACAAGAUUGAAGAAGUUUUCACUGGCGUCCCUGACAUCAUAAAACAACACUUCCAGAUCAUCAGACAACAGGACUUCCUUCAAAACCCUCAGCUGCACGGCCCUAAAAUCCAGGCCGUGUUUGUGUGGGAUGCUCUACCUGUAACCGAGCCUUCGCUGCUCAGUUUGCUGCCCUCGCUGAAGGUGGUUGCCAACGGAGGAGUGGGCAUCGACCACCUGGAUGUGCCGUACAUCUCCAGUCUGGGAGUGAAGGUGACCAACACGCCCGGGGUGGUGAGCAAUGCCACUGCAGAUAUGGCAAUGGGUCUGCUUUUGGCAUCGGCUCGCAAGAUCCUAGAAGGUCAUCAAAUAGCUGUUGACCCCAGCACCACCGAGACAACAAAAGUCCUGAUGGGAACUGAAGUCACAGGGGCGACCAUGGGGAUUAUUGGAAUGGGACACAUCGGCCUCAGAAUCGCUCAAAGAGCCAAAGGAUUUGACAUGAAGAUCCUGUAUCACAACAGGAACAGGAGGAGUGUUGAAGAGGAGCAGGCAGUUGGUGCGAGUUACCGUGACAACAUCGAUGACCUGCUGAAAGAGUCUGACUUUGUCGUGCUGGCGGUCAACCUGACCCCUGAGAGCACCGGCCUGAUCAGCCACAGAGAGCUGGCCCUCAUGAAACCCACAGCAACGCUGGUCAACAUCAGCAGAGGUCUGGUUGUGGACCAGGAUGCUCUAGUGGAAGCUCUGCAGACUGGAAAGAUCCAAGCGGCGGCUUUAGACGUGACCUACCCUGAACCGUUACCAAGGGAUCACCCUCUACUCAGGCUUCCUAACGUGCUGAUCACGCCCCACGUCGGCACCAACACUUUGGCUACAAGCAGAGGGAUUGUGGAGAGGAUGGUGGAAAAUGCUGUGGCUGCAGUGAAUGGCCAGUCUAUUCCCAAUGAAGUCAAACCAAAAUGACUCCACUGAUGACACAUCACCUGUCUGUAUAUAAAAAUGAAGCACAUCAACAUUUUGCUUAUUGAUCUGCAAUAAUUACUGCAAUAAAAAUUAAAAAAUGUAUGUUGCACUAGGAUAAAUAAUGAAUCAGUUGACAAUGUUUAAUGUCAUUAAUCCGUAAACAAAUGUUGGACAUGGAAUCACAUGAUUAUGUUGACCGGAAAUCUGUUCUAUUAAAAAACUUUGUUUAGUUCAUGUACAGGCUGCACCACCUUAAAAAUAUUAAAGCUACCUCAAAUUUGUCUUAUUUGAUAGGCUACACAGUGUGAAACUGAUGCAUUAUGCUGCUGUCAUUGAGAAUAAUUUACAUGCAUUUUAACAUUUGAAAUAAAUUAUAAUAUGUCCGUA